GCUAUCCCACUGCUGGGAAUAUAUCCAAAGGAAUGGAAAUCAUAAUUCUACUCUUACUAUAUGUCAGUUGACAUGAGCAAGAAUCCAUAUGAAUGUGAAGAAAGUCAGAUUUUCUCCAAUAAGUCUAAAGUCAAGAAACAUGACAGAAUUCACAUUGUUGAGAAACCCUUUGACUAUAACACACGUGGAAAAGUCUUUCACCAGAACUCAAACUUCAGCAAGCAUAAGAGAAUUUAUAAGGAAUGUGAAAAAGGUUUUAACCAAAAGUCACUCCUCAGCAUUCAUCAGAGAAUUCAUACAGGUGAGAAACCAUAUGAAUGUAGAGAAUGUGGGAAGGCUUUUAACUGAAAGUGGGCCCUCAGCAGGCAUCAGAGAAUUCACACAGGUGAGAAACCAUAUGAAUGUAAAGAAUGUGGAAAAGCUUUUAACCAAAAGUCACACCUCAGCAUUCAUCAGAGAAAUCACACAGGUGAGAAACCAUAUGAAUGUGAAAACUGUGGAGAAGCUUUUAACCAAAAGUCAACCCUCAAUAUGCAUCAGAGAAUUCACACAGGUGAGAAACCAUAUCAAUGUAAAGAAUGUGGAAAAGCUUUUAAACAAAAGUCAACCCUCAGCAGUCAUCAGAGAAUUCACACAGGUGAGAAAUCAUAUGAAUGUCAAAAAUGUGGAAAAGCUUUUACCCAAAAGUCACACCUCAGCAUGCAUCAGAGAAUUCACACAGGUGAGAAACCAUUUGAAUGUAAAGAAUGUGGAAAAGCUUUUAACUGAAAGUCACAC